UCUCUGUGGUUAUAAAGUUGGGGGCGGAGAACCCGAGAGUGGCUAGGAAUGAUGGCUGAUGAAGAGGAAGAAGUCAAGCAGAUCGUGCAGAAAUUGCAGGAACUGGUGGAUCAGCUCUAUUCCUUUCGAGACUGCUAUUUUGAGACACAUAGUGUUGAGGAUGCUGGGAGAAAGCAGCAAGAUGUUCGGGAGGAGAUGGAGAAGACCCUGCAGCAGAUGGAGGAAGUAGUGGGUUCUGUCCAGGGCAAGGCCCAGGUUCUGAUGCUAACUGGGAAGGCCCUGAAUGUGACUCCUGACUAUAGUAUUAAAGCUGAGGAGCUUCUAUCAAAAGCUGUGAAGCUAGAGCCCGAGUUGGUAGAAGCCUGGAACCAGUUGGGUGAAGUGUACUGGAAGAAAGGGGAUAUUGCAGCUGCCCACACCUGCUUUUCAGGAGCCCUUACCCAUUGCAAGAACAAAGUCUCCCUGCAAAACCUGUCAAUGGUGCUUCGUCAACUUCGGACUGACUCUGGAGAUGAACACUCUCGCCAUGUCAUGGACAGUGUCCUACAGGCCAAGUUGGCUGUGCAGAUGGAUGUCCUUGAUGGCCGCUCCUGGUAUAUCCUGGGGAAUGCAUACCUGUCUCUUUACUUCAAUACUGGUCAGAGCCCUAAGAUCUCCCAGCAAGCCCUUAGUGCCUAUGCUCAAGCAGAGAAGGUUGACAGGACAGCAUCCAGCAAUCCUGACCUUCAUCUGAACAGGGCAACGUUGAAUAAAUAUGAAGAGAAUUAUGGGGAUGCUCUGGAAGGCUUCUCUCGCGCUGCAGCUCUGGACCCUGCCUGGCCAGAGCCCCAACUACGAAAGCAACAGCUCCUGGAAUUUCUGAAUAGAUUAACCAGCCUCCUUGAGAGCAAGGGAAAAGUAAAGACCAAGAAGUUGCAGAGCAUGCUGGGAAGUCUGCGCCCGGCCCACCUAGGCCCCUGUGGUGAUGGGCGCUAUCAGUCAGCCUCUGGGCAGAAGGUGACCCUGGAGCUCAAGCCACUGAGUUCACUGCAGCCUGGUGUGAACAGUGGUGCUGUGGUCCUGGGAAAGGUGGUGUUUAGCCUUACCACAGAGGAGAAAGUCCCCUUUACAUUUGGCCUGGUAGAUUCGGAUGGACCUUGCUAUGCAGUAAUGGUGUAUAACAUGGUACAGAGCUGGGGAGUACUCAUUGGCGACUCUGUGGCCAUCCCUGAGCCCAACCUUCGGCUUCACCAAAUUCAGCACAAGGAAAAGGACUAUUCCUUUCCCAGUGUCCGUGUGGAGACGCCCCUCCUGCUGGUGGUGAAUGGGAAGCUUCAGGGCUCCAGCAGCCAGGCUGCUGCCACAGUAGCCUCACGCCCACAGUGCGAAUAACCUGACUCACAAGCUAAAGAGAGAGUGGAGAUGAGACGAUAAGCUCAGAGGACUUGGCGGCUGGACCAGCCACAUGCAGUGACUCAACCACAGCAUUGGGUUGAGCGUGUUUUAGAUGAAGACUUUCCCUUCAUCUGUUCUUAAGACACACUGUGUCCCUUCUUUGUCUCCUUGUCAUCAGGCUCGAACUCCCCCCAGGGCUGCAUACUCCCCUGAUGUGUCUCUCCUGCCUCCUGCACUGCUCUCUCUGUUUCAGGCAAAGAGCAUUGAAUUGGUAGAAGUGUUGGGAUCGUGCUGUGGGACAGAGUCCCCAAGGUUCCUGUUUCUUGCCUCCUUCCUGAGCCUCAUGUGUAUAUAUCAGUUCAGUAUUUAUUGCUAAGGGAGGGGGUUUAAUUUUUUAAUGGCUUGGUUUUUGAAUAAUUUUUAUUUUUAAAAUUUAGGUUCUUUCCCUCUUUGGGGCUGGAACAGAAUUAAAAUGCAUUUGGA